GGGGAGAGAGGAGUCCUGGCAGACGGGUUUCCUGCUGUUUUGGGGCUGAGGAGAGGCACCGAGGCAAAGGCCUCCCGAAGGUAGCGGCAGCGGGUGUUGAUGGACUGAAGAGAGAAGCGGAGCAGAAGAAGGUUGUUAUAAGAACUACUGUAGUAAUGUAUGUAAACAUCCAGAAAGGGCACUACUGUGUGAAUGCAGUGUAUCCAUAAGGUGGCAGAGUGAAUUGUGAAUGGCACCACGAACACCUCAAGAUAGUUAUUUGGUGGCUCCUGAUGUUCCCUCCUAUGAUUAUUCCACAUCCCACCCAUUUGGAUAGACUUCUGCGAAAGACAAAUCAGAAGGGCAGUCUGUUUUUAAGAAGUUUAUGACGAAACCUACAGAAAGCAACACAGAGGAAGAGUCAUUGAACCUUUCCCUGCUCUGGAAUCUUGGACUUUUAAUUGUUCCUUCAGGAAGCUUCUGAGAGUUGGAGAAGGAGGAAGGAGGGGGGAAAGUGCGAACUUGCAGCUGUUCCGGAGGACUUGUCCCAUCUUGUAGCUGGUGUGGGAAGCUAAAAGACUCGAGGAAGUUGCUGUAUGUGGACUCUUUGAGACAAAAUGCUUUCUCUGAAGAAGUAUUUUACAGAAGGACUCAUCCAAUUCACCAUUAUUCUCAGCUUGAUCGGUGUGAGGGUGGAUGUAGAUACGUAUCUGAACUCACAUCUUCCCCCUCUACGGGAAAUCUUUUUGGGCCAGAGCUCAGCCUACACUCAAACACAGUUCCAUAACCUGCGGAACACUUUAGACGACUAUGCCAUCCAUCCCAAAAGUGUAGACCUGGACUACUAUUUCACAGCUCGACGGCUUCUUAACCAGGUGAGGGCACUGGACAGGUUUCAGGUGCCUUCCACUGAAGUCAGUGCAUGGUUGGUACAUCGAGAUCCUGAAGGUUCUGUCUCCAGUGCUCAACCCAGUACAGGCAUUGCUCUUGAGAAUGGCAACAGCUUGCAAGAUGGAACUGUUCCAGACAAUGUAGUGAGAGAAAGUGGAGCAGAACAGGGAUUUGCCGAAGAACUGGAAGAUCUAGGUGCAGUGGCUCCUCCAGUGAAUGGUGAUCUAACAAAAGAGGACAUUGAUUUAAUUGACAUCCUGUGGAGACAGGAUAUUGACCUUGGAGCUGGGCGUGAGAUUUUUGACUACAGCCACCGCCAGAAAGAGAACGAAGUGGACAAAGAACCAAAUAACGGGGAGGAGUGUGGGGAUGGCUGGAGAAGCAGUGGGGGCAACAUCGCUGACAGGGCCUUGCUAGUGGAUGGCGAGACAGGGGAGAGCUUCCCUGCCCAGGUGCGUGGGGUUGAGGACCAGACAGCCUUGUCCUUGGAGGAGUGCCUUAGGUUGUUGGAAGCGACAUUUCCCUUUGGGGAGAAUUCGGAGUUUCCAGCUGCAGAUGUCCCCAGUCUAACUGAAGCUCUGCCUAGUGAAAACGGGACAUCCAUUGUGCCAGAUGGGCUCCUGUCUCCUCUUCUGACAGACACAGAGUUGCCCUUUGAUCUGGAGCAGCAGUGGCAGGACCUCAUGUCUAUCAUGGAAACACAGGGUAUGGAGGUGAACAGCACAGCAGUUGCAGAGACCCUGUACAACAGCACAAGUGAAGACGUCCUGACAGCCAACUACAGCCUUGCCCCAUCCACCCCUAUCAACCAGAAUGUCAGCCUGCAUCAGGCUUCACUGGGCAGCUGUGGACAAGACUUCCCUUCUCUGUUCACCUCUGAGAUGGAAACCCCUUCUAUGGCUGGCAGUUCAGCUUUGUUGCAGCUGGUCCCUGACAACUCUACAGGUUUUAACACCACAUUUGGCUCUACCAACUUGAGUGGCAUCUUCUUUCCUUCUCACUUAAAUGCUACUAUAAAUGAAACAUCUGGGUCUGAACUCCCUGAUCCUCUUGGAGGACUCUUGGAUGAAGCCAUGUUAGAUGAGAUCAGUUUGAUGGACUUGGCUAUUGAAGAAGGCUUCAAUCCAGUGCAGGCCUCCCGCCUGAAGGAAGAGUUUGAUUCAGACUCAGGGCUCUCCUUGGACUCAAGUCACAGCCCUGCUUCUCUCAGUAGUUCAGAAACAUCAUCAUCUUCUUCUUCUUCAGCCUCUUCCUCCUUUUCUGAGGAAGGUGCUGUGGGCUACAAUUCAGACUCUGAAAAUGUGGAUUUUGAAGAUGCUGAAGGGGCUGUUGGGUAUCAGCCAGAGUACAGUAAGUUCUGUCGGAUGAGUUACCAGAAUCCUUCUCAGCUGCAAUAUCUGCCUUAUCUGGAGCAUGUGGGUCACAACCAUACUUACAACAUGGUCCCCGAGACCUUAGAUGCUGAUGACCAGAAGCCACCCAGCAUGGGUAAGAAGAGUGCCAAGGAUAAGCAGGCAGAGUUUCUGGAGAAGCAGAUGAGUCGUGAUGAACACCGAGCCCGAGCUAUGAAGAUUCCUUUUCCCAACGAGAAGAUCAUCAACUUGCCUGUGGAGGAAUUCAAUGAACUUCUAUCCAAAUACCAAUUAAGUGAAGCUCAGCUGAGUUUGAUUCGAGAUAUCAGGAGGCGAGGCAAGAACAAGAUGGCUGCUCAGAAUUGUCGUAAGAGAAAGCUGGACACUAUCCUCAACCUAGAACGGGAUGUGGAGGAUUUGCAGAGAGACAAGUCAAAGCUGCUCAGGGAGAAGGUGGAGUUCCUCAGGUCCAUUCGCCAGAUGAAGCAAAAGGUGCAGAGCCUUUACCAGGAGGUGUUUGGCCGCCUGCGUGAUGAGAAUGGCCAGCCCUACUCCCCAAAUCAGUAUGCCCUACAACACGCCAGUGAUGGCAGUGUUAUCCUAAUACCACGCUCUUUGGCUGAACAGCAGGGCAGGCGUCAAGAAAGGAAACAGAAAGACAGGAGGAAGUGAGAGAUAAUGAAUGUCAGCAAGAGAGUAUAAAACUUGCUGAAACGACAUCCUGGAGGAGGGCUGAGCCCUGAAGAAUUUGAAGGAACUUUCCUGCCUUCGUAUCCAAUAUAUCUUCUCAAACCAUGAUAGCUGCCAGUCAGUGUAUAGGAGCAGACUGCUGGGCGGGGGGCCUACAAGUCUUGGGAGGCAGAAUGGCAAAGCAUGUUGGGAAAGACCUGUGCCCCCAGCAGCCUAGAACCCGAAUGUUGUGGGAGGGGGGGAAACUAGCUGGCAUAAUAUGUGUGUGGGGAGGGGGGUGAGUUUCAGCAGAGGAUAGAAAAAUGAAUUGUUAAAGCAGGCUCUUGUUUCUAAGGAAAAAAUGGUUAAGUGGAUUGAACAGGCUUAAGAGAAUUUUUUUUCCUUUGAACUUCCAAAACGUGGAUACUUCAGGUAGCUGGUUUUAUUUUUUAGAACCAGUUUUGACAUUGGUUGUGUGCAGUUUGAAAGCAUGAUUGAAUACCAUUACUUUGCCAUCAUCCCUUCCUAGAUUUGUAAAUCUGAGUGAUUACAGGUGAAAUGACAUUGUUUGCUUGAAGAGGGAAGGGAGGAGAUGUUUUCUUAACCCUUUCCAGUUUGAAGAAAAGCGAGGGAUUUGCAUUCAAGGAGUAUAGCCUUUUUGGUGUGCUUUAGCACCAGCCAUACAUGUUUGGAAGAUGAGACUGGAGAGGGUUAAUAAAUCACCAUGGUGAUGUGUCUUCCCACCACCCCUCUCCUCACCAAUCGAAAACUCUCUAAGCAUGUCACUGCCUCCAGUGAGGAGCCAGCAUUAUGCUAGGCCCACCAUCUAGAUGCAUUACAAGAUGGUGCAUGGUAAAACUGCAUGCUACAGUGCUGUCUUUUCCACUGGUUGGCUUGGCAAAACUGCUUUGAGUGGCAAGGGAUGAACAGGUCGCCUGUAAAGGUUGCACCUUCACCUUCACCUGCUUGGGAGUUAGCCAGGUGGGAUUCUGACGGUUUGUGGUCAUUGCCACUUGGUCUCCAGCACAGUGGGCUUUGUUCCCAUGAAGCGGGCAUGUUGUCUUGAGAGAAUAGCCAUCUGUGGCACGCCCCUUUCUUAACGGGCACUUUGAUUUUUAUUUAUUUAUUUUUUUAGGACUCUGUGCUCCUGUGUUAUUUCCCCUUCCCCUGGUAGGGCUGUAGGAUGAACUUGUAGUAUGCAUGUAGGUAAGAAGGGAGACGAUCAAAGCUGCUGAAAGUUCUUUCUGCCAUAAAAGAUUCAAUGUGUUAACUGUGAUUCCACAGCUGGCUUUCCUUCUGUCCUUGGGUGUCAUUCCAACUUCCCCCUCCCCCCUCUUUUUUAAAAAUAAGGCGAAGGGUGAGGGUAGUGCCUUGAACACAGCUGGCCUCAAGCUCCGAGGCAGUCCUCGGAACUGUUAACUUGCAGUAUAGCACAGCUGGGAGUAUUACCGACCUUACCAGCAACUGAUGAGCUAAUGGCUUUGGUUUUUCCCCAGCCAGUUAGUCCUGUGUAUGUGAUGGCGUGUGAGAGCAUAGCACUGAAAUGGGCAUCCUCCAGCAGAUUGUGGGGGGUAUGAAGCAUUGUUUAUCCAGCAAAGGGUAGUUUUUGCAGCCAGAUGUUCUGUAGAUAUUGCUUGCCGAACGCCAUGAUUUCUUGCAAGAAGCAUGUGGGUGGGUGGAGGAAUAAACUGAUGUUUGAUUCUCUUGCACCUCUCUUGCUCCUGUGACUUGACAGCGUGAAACUUGAAGCACAAAAUGUGUUGGAGCUGUAAUUGGUUGCUGGAUGAUUAGGAUGGAGCCCUGAUGUGUGCAUGUGUUAAUUUAUAUUUCCCUUUGAGGUUUUACUUUGGAUGGUUUCAAUGAUCUGUUAUGGAAAAGGAGAAAGAGAGAGAGAUUGAGAGAGAGAUUGAGAGAGAGUGAGCGAGCACAGGACAAAAAUAAAAUGGCUUAUUCACUUAUUUCA